GUGUUUCUCGAAGUAACAAUCUAUUUGCUUUGUGUUAGUGAACGAAAAGUUCAUCGAGCGUCAAACGGAUUUUCUACCUUGAAUUGUUUGUGCACGAAAAAUCAAAGUAAUGCAUCGAAUCGAAGUGGAAUUCGCUUAAGAGGACCGCGUUACGCAUUGCCGUCGAAGAUGUCGAGGAAGAGGCUUUAGCAUGAACCACCACGCGACUGGAUUCAGAAUUCUGAUAGCGAUACUGACCCUCGGUAGUCUUCGUUCGGUCACAGUGGUGAACCAUCAUCCGGACGAGGAAUAUUUUCUACAACAUGAGGUACUUUACGAAGACGCGAUCGCCGAAGCGAAGAAGCUGGAAAUUUAUCCCGCCGGUAUGGACGAAAAAGGUCCCAUUCCAGGAUGCAAGCCUUGUACAAAUGCAGAGAUGACUUACUGUGAAAAUGAAAGUGUUAUAAACGAUCAUUGCUGUUGCGAUGGCAGUUUCAAUGAGGUGUUCCCCUUCAUCAAGCACACUUGUCGCGAGGGACCAGAAGAAUGUAAAGUGCAGGCAGGGGAUUGUGCUGAAUACGCGAGGUUACGGGAAUGUUGUUGUCAUUCCUAUUUAGCUUCUGUGUGGAAAUAUCGGGCGAAUGGAGCACAGUCGAAUGUCGACACAUGUCUUGCAAAGUUCAUGACGAUACUAGUGGUGCUCAGGUUCCUUGUAUAAUCAACGUAAUGCCAAAUAUUUUGUAUAAUACGAAUUAUUAUAAUAAAUUA